AUGAGUGAUCAAACAAAGACACUACAAGCUAUCAAGUUCGAUAGAGAUAACAUUAAGUUAGAUAUCCUAAAUCAGUUGGUAUUACCCUAUGCAACAACAUACAUCCCAAUUACGACAAUCGGAGAUGCUUUCAAUUCAAUCAAGUCUAUGCAAGUGAGAGGCGCGCCAGCAAUUGCCAUUGUUGGAGCUUUUGCGGUAGUUGUUGAUACCUACAACUAUUUAAAUGAAAACUCUGGUGGCCGUAAUGUAAAUCACCUCCUUCAGUCUUUGGACUACUUGAUUAGUUCACGUCCUACUGCUGUCAAUUUGGCCAAUGCGAUCAACGACAUAAAAGAGCUUUUGGCCAAAUAUGAGAAUACUCAACCACUAAAUGAAGAAAUAUACAACCAGCUAUUAAAUUACGCUACUAAAUUAUACGAUGAAGAUUUGGCAAAUAAUUACAAGAUUGGUGAAAAUGGGUUAAACUAUAUUAAAGAGUCAUUAAGAAAGGAAAAUUUUGAAGGUCCAUUUUCCAUAGUCACUAUAUGUAAUACUGGAUCAUUGGCUACUUCAGGUCACGGUACAGCGCUUGGGAUCAUUCGCUCAACAUAUCAUGCGUUAAACAAGGAGCAAUCAAAUGAACAAUUUUAUUUAGAAAAAGUCUUUCCUUUGGAGACGAGACCGUACAAUCAAGGUGCAAAAUUAACCACUUAUGAAUUAGAUUACGAGAAAGUCCCAUUCACUUUGAUUUGUGAUAAUAUGGUGUCCUCAUUGAUAAACACCUUGAACACUGAAUCCAAGACGAACAACAAAGCUCCCGUCAAAUUUAUUAUUGUUGGAGCAGAUAGAAUCGUUGAGAAUGGUGAUACUGCAAACAAGAUUGGUACGUUCCAAUUGGCCACAAUUUCCAACUACUUCAACUCCAUUCAGAACACAAAUAUCAAGUUUAUCGUUGCUGCUCCAAGAACUACAAUUGAUUUAAAGACAAAACAAGGCUCGGAUAUCAAGAUCGAAGAGAGACCAAAAGAUGAAUUGACAACUCUAGUUGGUCCCCAAUUGAAUGGUGAAGAUGUAGGUGAUAAAGUUACCGUGGGGAUCGCCACCCCUGGAAUCGAUGUUUGGAAUCCGGCAUUUGACGUAACUCCUCAUUCAUUGAUUGAUGCAAUUGUCACAGAAAAUGCCAAUGUUUACACAAAAGAUUUGAAUGGUGAAUUUAACCUUUCUAAUUAA